AUGCCAUGGGUGCCAAUGUACAAUGGCGCCGAGAUCCCGGUGAACCGGCCGGACAAGGUGCAGGAGCAGCAGCAGGCGCCCUACAACUACCAUCCGGCGCCCCUGCAGAACGCCUAUCUGCCGCCGGCCAAGCAGCAGGCUCCGGUGGCUCCGGUGUGGUCGCAGCAAGUGAAUUUGCAGGCCGAUCCUAGGUUCACGCCUCCUCCAGCGGUGGCAGGAGUCACGAGUCCCGAGUACCUGCCUCCGCGUCAGCUCCUGCCCAUACAGGACCAGAGGCAGCACCAGCUGGUGCCCAUUCCAGUGCCUAACUUGAGCGUCACGCCCAUUCCGCCUCUCUACGACUACAAACCAUUCUCAUCCGGCAAAGUUACAGAUGGCACAGGAGCCGCCAAGAUCACCAACAUCAUCAUUGGGACAAAUGUGGAGAAGCCCAACAAUCCUGGUGGGAACAGACUGUAUCUUCCUCCUGCACAGAACACCGGAGGAUAUCACUACCCUCGCCCAGCUGCGAGGUUCCCAACUGGAGCAGAUCCCACCACAAGCUUCGAUCCUCAGUCGCAGGUUGAGACAUUCGCGCCCACAAUGUCUCCAGGACAGAGACUUGUCUCCAAGGAGCACUACAACGAUCUGCAGACGGACUUCGAGAUCAUCAAGAGCAUUCCGCUGGUGCAGUUCACAUCUUCUGUCAGCUUCCCGAAUCCCAUGGUUCAGCCGGUCCAGUCUGUACAACCUGCGAUUCUCACCACAAUUCCUCCGGAGGUUGUGGAAGUCAGCUCGCCGAUUGUUGAGUUGGUGGCGCCCUCGAACCAGAAGUACAUCUCCCAGCCGAUUAUCGUGGAUCACGAAGAGAGCACGGACAGCUACACAGCAGCUUCCUCUCACAACAUCACCGUGCAGCAGGACAACUUUGACAACUACGACAACUUCCUGGACACGCGGGAAACAGUGGUUGUGGCGCCGCCGGAGACCUUCAAUUUCACCGAAGACGAUGUGCGGGCUGUGAUUCAAGCUGCCUCGGAGAGUGGGAAGAGAAUCCCGUUGAAGAAGGACCGAGAUACGCCGAAGAAUCUCCUGGACUCGCCCAUAUUCCAUGCCAUCAAGAGUGGGAAUCCUCCGAAGCCCUUCACGCGAGAUCCCAGCGAUUUGAGGGUGUCGCAGAGGCCAGAUCACACUCCCUGGCUGCCCACAACCACUCCAUGGACGACAUUCUCUCCGUACAGAGAACCUCUGAGGCCAACGUCGUCCUCGGUUGAGGCGAGCGGGGCCAAAUCUGGUCUGGAGCCUCCUCCGCCGCCACUGCCUGUGGACAGUAUCAAUCUGAUCACGAAGAGGCCGAAGCAGAUCCAGAUCAUCAUUCCCUACACGUCCAAUAACCACCCUCAACCCUUCAAAACGGCUGAUGACUUCAUCCGAGAGGGUGAAAUCAAGAUUCCCUCGCUGCGGGACUUCAGCAAGUGGUCCAAUGCCCACAAUGGCCAGGAGUUCCAUGCCGAGGAGGAGACGCAGUACAUCACAGCCACUCAGACGCCCUCGCACAAAACCACGCGCUUCCUCAGCAGAAUCGUGAAGCCCACAAUUAACAUUCGCGAGCUGCUGAGGAAUGAGAAAGACGUGGCAAAGAUCUCGCCACUGCCCUUCGAUCUGGUGACUCUGCAGAAGAACAUUGACGACUGGACGGAGCAGGAAUUCGCCGCUGAGCCUCACAAGGCCAGCACAAUCUCCCUCCUGGCGCCAUCGAAGAAGAUCCCCGAUGAGUAUCUCACAACGCCAUCGAUGGACGAGCUGUACUACCAGACCACCACCCUGGAAACCACCCUGGACUACGACGCGACCUCUUACGAGCUCCCGCAGUCUGACGAGAGCUCGGCGGAUGAGGUCAUCAGGCAAGCCACGGAGGCCAUCGAGGACAACGAGGUGCAGCACGACGAGGACUACAAGACGGAGAUCAAUCCGCCGCUGUGGGGACAUCUCAAGGUGGCCAUCUCUCCGCUCACGCAGGAGAAGAUCUACGUGGUGACGCCGCAGCCGGCGCGCCAGGAGCCGGCGGGCUUCAAGUCGCCGCGCUUCAAUCUGGGCAGCCGGCCGACGCCCGGCGCCUCAUCAGCAGGAAUUAAUAGUCUUCAGAGUCAGCCGACGCCGUACGUGCCCGAGUUGUUUGGCAAAUUGGCCGAUUCGCCGUUCGUGAAUGUGUCUUCAGAGGAGCAGGACGAAGUGUCCUCGAGGAAAAUCACAAUAAUCACACCAUCGCCGAGCAGGAAGAAGUUCACAGAGAACAUCCUGGACAGGAGAGACGCUCGAUAGAGCCCAGAAGACAAUUGAUAUAAAGAGAGUGAAAGAGAAAAAUAAUUGGGAGACUGAUAAAAGUGACAAAAAAUUCUUGCAAUAUGAACUUGAUAGGAAAAUAUGGAACAAUCUUUCUAUAAGUAAUAAGCAAGGGGGAGAUAAUACAGUCAGAAGUGGUGUACAGAUCAGCAGAAGUGCUUAAGAAGUGGAAGUGUUCAAAAGCUUACAAUUUUUUCUUUCGUGAGUGCUUAUUUUACUGACAAAUUGCGCCAAUUCUUUGGAUUUCCUUCGAUUUUCACGCAGAAUCCAUCAGAAAAAUCUUUUUUCUAGGUUAUGUAACGAAUCAAGGACAGAUUUAGUGAAUAAUUCGCAUUCUAGCACAUCAAUUCUUUUGCUCAAUAUAGAAAAAUCACCAAAAAGCAUUUACAAUAUUUAUUACACAAGAAACACUGCAAAUUGUAUUGAAAUAGGAACAUAACCUCAAAAAUAGUCAUUUAAAUUUGGAAAAUGUUCUUUUAAAAAGCAUUUUAGACAAUUUUGACUCUGAAUCAGCAGUUUUAAGUUCA